AAACUGUCAUAGACUCCAGUCUAGAAAGGUUUGUGGAGCUGUCGGCUGCAAAAUAGGAAACAUAACCUCAAUAGCUCCUAUAUCCUCAAUCAUGAAGUAAUACUUAAUCUAAGAAGUUUUUGAGAAAUAAUAGCUGAUGAUGCGGCUGCCACUGCGAUUAUUUGCUCGAAAUACUGUAGAUUUUAUAGGACCUAACGUUUCUGAUGCUACUAGAAGACAUGAUCAUUCUGGUCGUAAUGCGUUUAUUACAGUAAUGAAUGUUUUAAAUGUGAAAAAAACGCUUACUACUCCUGAAUGGAGUAGAUUGAAAAAUAUUUUUGAAAGUCCUGGGUUUUCAUUCAAUGCUAUUAGUGUGAUAAUGAAAAAAGGUUGCGGCUUAUCAGAAGCUAGAAAAUUGAAGAGUGCUCUUGAAGAAAAUAGUUCAUUAAACCCCAUCACUAAAGCUCAAAUGCUGCGAGCGUAUGGCUUUUUCGCAAAAGAAUGCACAGAGACGGAUCACAAGUUUAUUGAAGAUACUAUUGAUGAGGUCCUCUCUAAAUUCCCUGUUCUGACAGCAGAUUUGAGUGCUGGUCUUCUAGUUGCAUUAAUAUCAACCCCUUCGUGGAAACAGCAGGCAGAUUUAAUUCUCCAAAAAACAGGCAGUGAGCUUAACCACCGUCUUCUUAGCCUGUAUGCCCUUCUUGCUUUUGAACACAACGAAUAUGAUCUUGGUUGGGAAAGUAUGAGGAAAAAUGUAAACACAGGAACAAAUUUCCUCCCUUCGUUAUAUCAAUGUAUCAUUGAAAAACAUGAAUCGUAUCCCAAAGAAAAUCUUAUUUACAAACUAAUCGACUUUCUUGAUGGGAAAUCCUUUAUGAUGACAUCACGGGCAGCUGAACAUCUUAGUAAUAUUUUAGAUUCAACUGAUAAAUUUGUGUCACGUUUUGCAACAGUUGGUUUGAGUGGACACUGUUCCUGCUGUAACAGAAGAUUACAGAAAGUUUCAUUGACUGAAGAGGAGUACCAAAAAUUAUUAAGUGAUAUCCAUGAGCGAUUUGAUUUAAAAUGUAAAUUCAGUUCGUAUGAAGAGGAAGAAGUUUCACACUUUAAAGAAUUUCUUGAGCAAUGCCCUCAAUUUAGCAUUGUAGUUGAUGGCCUUAACAUGUUCUACAGAGUAUCAAAUAGAACAGAAACAAAUUCAUACCAGAUAAUCAAAAAACUUUUAUACAAAUUAGAACAACAAGGGCAUAAAAUUUUAGUAAUUGCCCGAUCUCAUCUACGGGGUAAUAAGUUCUUCUGUCAAGCGUUUAAGGGACAUAUGAUAUACUUUUUAAACGACAGGACGAAAGAUGACACGUUUACUAUUUACUCAGCUCUUUCCAAGGGCCAGGACACUCUUGUGUUAUCUAAUGACUUUUUCGGGACAUAUCAUGAUUCAGUCAAAGGUGAAAAUAAGCUUUUGUUUAGAAAAUGGCAGCUAAGCAAUCAGAUGAUAGGCACUGGAUACCUUUCAUUGAAUUUUGUUGCACCAAAGUUUUCCCCAGUUGGUCAGAAAUCAGAAGAUGGUUCAUCCAUUCACAUUCCUCUUGUAACAGAUGACCAGUAUAAGUCAUAUGCACCAUAUGCCUGGCUUUGCAUUCAGCAGGUGAGUAUGGAGGAAAAAAGGAGAGCGUGGAGGAAAUGGCCAAAAACAACUUUCCUUCAUGAAAUUGAAAGCAAGCCAGGAGUUGAAUCUUUUAGACUCCAUGCCCAUAAUGUUAAAAACAGCUUUAAAAGACACCAAGAUCAUAAAAGAUCAAAUGUCCGCUACAAUUAGAGCAGAAGUAUUUUGUAUUACUAAUAUGCAGUAAAUAAAGUUCCAAUGUAGAAUGUUAUAAA